CAACCCGCGCUGCAACUGCAUCUCCAGUUCACCGCCCACUCAAUCAGAAGCAAACAGACAUGUCGGCAGACUACGACUCCGACUCGGACGCUUCCGUCGUCUCGCAGACCGGAAAAACAAGCACUCUUCUAGGCUACCCCGACGAGCCUGCCGAUGCCACCGCCACCGCUCUCGACACCCGUAUCGGUGGUCUUCCUAUCUGGCUCAACCCCGACUCCCCACCAUCAGCAUCCCUCGCUCGCUGCCAAAACUGCAAAAAGAUCAUGAACCAACUCAUCCAGGCCUACGCCGCUCUCGACGGAACCCUCUACGAGCGCGUCGUCUACCUCUUUGCAUGCAAAGAGCCCCGCUGUCGUCGUAUCCCUGGAUCCGCCCGCGUCUUCAGAGGCGUCAUGCAUAACCAAGAGAAAAUGAAGCGGGUCGCUGAUAAUUUGCGCGAGGAAGAGGAAAAGAAGAAACGUAAGGCUGAAGAGCAGGCACGAGAGGUCCAGAAAGAAAGAGAGAUGCAGGCUGAUAUCGGCGGUGCUCUAUUUGGAUCCGGUUUUGGCGAUAACCCGUUUGCUACUCCUACCCCCUCCUCCUCAACAUCUACUCUUCCUCCCCAACCCACCACCUCCUGGAGCAACGUCGCAAGUCUCGACUCCUCACUCACCGACUCCCUCGCAAAAACACACAUCGACAGCACCCCACACCCACCACCCACCCCCGAGCCCUGGCCUGAACAACCCCAAGACCAGUACAUGCCAUACUUCCUCUACGUCGAAAACGAGUACCUUCCCGACAAAUCCGCCCCCGCCGAAAUCAACCAGCGCUUCGAGCUACUCGACGCAAACUCCUCCGAAGCAGACGAAUGGUCUUCGAUGCCUGAGUCUGGGGCCGGCGGCGCAGACGGGGCUAACGCGAUCGACAAGGUCUUUCAGAAGUUUGCUGAUACCGUCGCUGAAAAUCCAGAGCAAGUCGUCCGCUACGAACGCGCGGCUGCGCCUUUGCUCUACUCCAAAUCCGACGCCGUGGCCCGACAGAUCACGUCCCGGUCGGCUGGCGGCGCGUACUCCUCCAGCCUUAUCCCCCGGUGUAGUCUCUGUGGCGGUGAGCGAGUGUUUGAGUUCCAGCUCAUGCCGCACGCGAUCCAAGUUCUAGAAGAAAGCAGUGGUGUUGAUAUGCUCAAUGGUAUGGAGUGGGGGACUAUAAUCGUCGCUACGUGCAAGCAGGAUUGUGUUCCGCCACUUGACAAGCACGGCGUUGGGUAUGCCGAGGAAUGGAUCGGUGUACAAUGGGAAGAGACACGAAAGUAGU